CAGGAGGGAGGGGGGCUCUGUGAGCAGAAGGCGCAGGCGCUGUGCCGGGAGGUGUGAUUGAAAACGACCAGCUACAGCACCGAGGAGGGGAGCCCAGCUCCUAAAUGUGACUGAUCCCCUUCGCAAAGCGCCCGUACAGACCAGGCCGCCCAUGAAAAGAAGCAAAGGGCUUUAAGGCGCCGCCGACUCAUGUGCAUCGCAUCCCCUGGACCUGUUUCUUCCUCCAUCUCGGCGCAUUGAUCAUCGCGGGCUGCUGGCCACGUCCUCCUCAGCGAUGUUUUUCUCCAUCUGAAACACUGGGGGGGAUUAUUCCACACCGGUUCGGUAUCUGAGACUUGCGAAGUGAAAUAACGGGUCAGUAUGCUUUUACUGCCCUUGCAAAGCAGAAGACGCUUGAAUUGCUUUGGUCCGGGAGUCUUAUGCUUGCAGAUCCUGACGUGGAUUUUAUGUGCCGUGUAUGGAGAAGAGCAGGGUUUCAGCGUGGAGGCCUGGCUGCAGCGGUACGGCUACCUCCCCAGCACCGACCCGCGGAUGUCAGUGCUGCGCUCCGCCCAGACCAUGCAGUCGGCUAUCGCUGCCAUGCAGCGCCUGUACGGCCUCAACGUCACCGGCACGCUGGACAUGGGGACCAUUGACUGGAUGAGGAGGCCGAGGUGCGGCGUGCCAGACCAGACGGGCGGUGGCUCCAAGCUCAACGUGAGGCGCCGGCGUUAUGCCCUCACAGGGCAGAAGUGGCAACACAAGCACAUCACUUACAGCAUAAAGAACGUGACACCCAAAGUGGGUGUGGCUGAGACGCACAACGCCAUCCGGAGGGCCUUCGAUGUGUGGCAGAGCGUGACGCCCCUGCGCUUCGAAGCCGUGCCCUACAGCGCCCUGGAGAACGGCAAACGUGACGUCGACAUCACCAUCAUCUUUGCCUCUGGAUUCCACGGCGACAGCUCUCCAUUUGAUGGCGAGGGGGGGUUUUUGGCGCACGCCUACUUCCCGGGACCCGGAAUCGGAGGGGAUACUCAUUUCGAUUCGGACGAACCAUGGACUUUGGGGAAUCCUAACCACGACGGGAACGACCUCUUCCUGGUGGCUGUGCACGAACUGGGCCACGCCCUGGGCCUGGAGCACUCCAACGAUCCCACCGCCAUCAUGGCCCCCUUCUACCAGUACAUGGAUACGGAGAACUUCAAGCUGCCACAGGACGACCUGCUGGGCAUCCAGAAAAUAUACGGUCCCCCUGACAAAGUUCCCCAGCCGACCCGGCCACUACCGACGGUCCCGGCCCCCCGCUCCCACCCACCCGACCCCCGCAAGCACGACCGCCAGACUCGGCCGCCCCGGCUGCCCUCCGGAGACAAGCCUACGUACCCCAAUGUCAAGCCCAACAUCUGUGACGGCGGCUUCAACACGCUGGCGAUCUUGCGGCGGGAAAUGUUUGUCUUUAAGGAUCAGUGGUUCUGGCGAGUCCGAGACAAUGCUGUGAUGCCCGGCUACCCCAUGCAGAUUUCAUACUUUUGGAGAGGGCUGCCACCAAAGAUCGACGCCGUGUAUGAGAACAGCGAGGGCAAGUUUGUCUUCUUCAAAGGGAACCGCUUCUGGGUCUUCAAGGACACGACGCUCCAACCCACCUAUCCGAAGGACAUCUCCUUGUUCGGGAGCGGAAUGCCGACGCAGAACAUUGAGACAGCCGUAUGGUGGGAGGACGUGGCGAAGACCUACUUCUUCAAAGGAGAUAGAUACUGGAGAUACAAUGAGGAGAUGAGGACCAUGGACCCGGGAUACCCCAAACCCAUUACAGUAUGGAAGGGCGUCCCAGCAUCUCCCCAGGGGGCAUUUGUGGACAAGGCUAACGGCUUUACCUACUUCUACAAAAACAAGGAGUAUUGGAAGUUUAACAACCAGAAGCUGCGCGUUGAGCCGGGAUACCCCCGCUCCAUUCUGAAGGACUUCAUGGGCUGCGAUGGCUUGACGGACCGGGACCGGGAGCCGGACGUGGGCCGGGACCGGGAGAGGCGCCCCCCAGUGGAGGAGGACGACGUGGACGUGGUGAUCAAGCUGGAGAGCGCGGCGGGCACGGUGAAGGUGGUGGCCAUCGUGAUCCCGUGCGUGUUGGCGCUCUGCCUGCUAGUGCUGCUCUACACGGUGGUGCAGUUCAAGCGCAAGGGCACGCCCCGCCACAUACUGUACUGCAAGCGCUCCAUGCAGGAGUGGGUGUGAACCCCCCCCACCCCCCGGGGGCUGUCGCUGACGUCGGCGGGGAUGGGAGCGGAGCCUAAACCCCUUCCGUUUUGCCGAGGGGCAGUGGGCCUUCAUGGACGCCCCCCGCCCCCCCAGGGAUAGUGUUUGACCACUCCCCCCAUGUUGGCCCCUCCCCCUCGCAUCUGCUCCGUGUGCCCGUGUGGGACGGGAGGAAGGUUUUCGGAUCGGACGCUCCCCACAAUGCACCCCGUCAGUCUCCAUCAGAUCCAGUCUCACUUUGGCUGAGUGAAGCUGCCAAGUUUGUACCAUAACUUUUCCCCGUCCCUGAUACACCCUUUAAAAGCUCAUCACAUUUGACCAUUGUUUCUACAUAAUUUAUUUGUACUGUUUCUUUUCUGUUAAAGUACUAUUCCCUUUAACUUCAGAUGAAAAGAAAUACCCAAACCAAAUAAGCUUUUUUGUCCAAAGAGGAUGGUUUUUCUUUUUUUUUUUUGUUAAAUCGCUCCUUUAUUUAUUUUUCUGUUGUUUCCAUUGCUUCUCUGCCUCUCAAAUCCUCACUUUGCUGGGGACUAAGACUUUGACUGUUGUGGCAGUCUGUGUCAAAACAGGGGCCAAAAUUUCUCUGCAAUAUUUUUUUAAACCGCCUUAAUUACAGAUUACAUCGUGUUUUCUCUCUCUUUCUCUCUCUCAGACACACACACACACACACACACACACACACACACACACUGCUUGGUUUAUUUGUCCAUAACUGGCAUUCAUAUCCCCUGUUUCUGUUUGUCCCUUGAUGAAUAGGCGUCCGUUUAUAGAUUUCGCCGGUAUUGGGUCAGCCAGGGAGGAGGAUGGAUAAGCUGAGCGUAAACACAGAAUAUAUCGAUCGCUACCAGUGAAGUUCACAGUCGCAUUUGCGGGAAUUUUCCAGAUGAACGCCAGGAUAUCAUAUCUCUGUCCGUCUGACUAUAUUACAUUGUUAUUACAAAUGCAAGGUUGAAGGAUAAAUACGGAAAUUAAAUCCAGCUGUAGUCUCUGCGCCAAUCAUCAUAGGACUGAGAAGUCCUCUUUUCACAAAUUACUUCAACAGGGGCUCUGAAAUGACUACACAAAGGACGAGAAAAUGACCGAGGCCUCGCAGUACAAAGCCUGUGAAAUAGGCCUACCACAGCAGGAGAGCCCCCACUGUAAUAAAGCUACAAUAAAGGAGCCUCAUGAUUCAACUGGUGCACGUUGGUGGUUCUGACAGAGGAGGAACCUUCUACACAGAUCAUCACGCGAGAAGCCCUUGGCCACGCCCCCAUGUCGCUAAAACAAGCGCCUGGUUACGAUAUUCCGUUUUUUUUUCUUUGUGCAAAGUUAAAAUACUUCGUUAGCAGCUAUAUGUACGAUCCAGACUCCUGACCUUUGGUGGGAAAAGACUUGAGCGAAAUCCGUCAGCCGACGACUCGAAAUGCUGUGGAACUUUCCGCGUUAUUAAUGUAUAAUAUAAAUGUACUGUAGUGGUCGUGAACCGUUAAGGAGAUCAUAUUUAUUGCCAUUUAAUAUAUAACUGCUUUAUCUGCUGGCUAGGAGCCCUCAGCUCUAAGACAUAAACUCCCUGCCCUACAUCACGGGAGGGGUGUCUUUGGGUUUUAAGGCAAACAGGUGCCCCGCCUAAUUCAUUUAAUAAAGGACGUUUGCUUCAAAACGACUUUUUUUUUUUUGGAAUAUUCUAGACACAGUAUAUAGUGUAGAUACUGUUCUUUGAUAUACAGACUUAUGCAGUAUUUUCAGGAACAAAGACUUGCUACUUUGAGGUCUGAAAUAUUUGAAGAUUUUUUUUGUUUUCUCUGGCCAAAUGUAAGAUGGCGAUGUGGCGCCUCCCUUUGUACAUAACAGGAAAUGUCCAGUGUUGUUGACUAUGGUUAGGGAGGAGCCACCGGAGCCUUAUGCAAACCUUGCCAUCGCCUUGGCCAUGUUUCACGGGGGGUUACCUCAGCGGGACUGUUCCGUACCUGGCCACUAGGGACCCGGCCCUUACUUGGUUGGAGCUUGGUUGGAUGUGGUCCCCAUCCUCACCAGACAAGCCCCCCCAUGUGCUUAGCCUGCAAGGUAUGGAUCAAUACCAAUAGUACUGUAAGUAAUUAGCACCAGUAGCUAACACAGAUCAGUUUGGACCCUACAGUAAGACCAGAACGACAAGGACCCCCCCCCAGGUCAGUCUGCUCCUCUCAUAAUAUCUUCAUGGCAACAAUGCAAAAUGGCCUUUUUAGCAAUUUUCAGCCAGUUCUGGGUUCGAUCACUUUCCCCUUUUCUGCGCUAAUGUUUUCCUUUCGAACACCGAGUGUCAUCAGACCGAGCGAGUCGAGUCCUCGUAGCUUCCCGAGGGUCCGGAUACAGGGUCACCACCUAUAGUGGGGAUCCGUUGUAGGUAAUGAGAUGGGGCAGCCAGAGAUACCUGUGAAGGUCUGUUGGCUGGACGAAGAACGUAUAUCUUUAAAAAAAAGUGUUUUAAUGUUUACAGUUACUGAUGUAUCUUGGAAAUGCGCUGGACUGUGUCCGUGUUUUUUUUGGAGAGUGCAUGCUAUUGGUUUCCUUUUAUCAUUCUGGCGAAGAGAGAGCCCCGCCCCCAC